CGAAUUUUUAAAAGUUGCUUGGCUUGCGAUAGGUUGAGGAUAGCCUGCCCCACCUUAACGGGAGGAUCUUUGGCUCUAGGCCCCUUAAAUAGGCCGACACUUCCUCACCCUCUCUCUCUGUUCUGCUCUCCUGAAUAAGAUCUUCAGUCGGACCUCUCGGCGUUCAAUCCCGGCUCUACCUGCACUGCCCCAAAGGCCUAGCUCAAGUCCUUCCUCUGCCUCCUUGAGGCCCUCAAACAUUUCACACUUUUUUAAACCUUCAUAUUGUGCUCUUGCUGCUUGCCGCCCCAGAGGACUUUUCUUCUUCACUGACAUCUUGUGCCCUGUUCCCAGAGACAGAAGCAAGUAGAGGAGUAGAGCCACCUGUCCUCACUGACACAGCCCAGCUGCUGCCCACUCACAGAUCAGCUGUUUCUGGCACCUGCAUUUCCCUGGGGUGGGUAGCCACUGCUGUACCCAUGGAUGUGUCCCAGGAGCAUCUAGCCCUGGAGCCACCAUGCGUGUUUCAGUUGCCAGUGACCUUCAAGGAUGUGGCUGUGUACUUCUCAAGGGAAGAGUGGGAGUGUCUCAGUCCCAGGCAGAAGGCUCUCUACCGGAAUGUGAUGCUGGACAAUUUCAAGAGCCUGGUAGCACUGGGAUUUUGCGGCCCCAGACCAGACCUUGUCUCUCGCCUGGAGCAGUGGGAUGAGCUAUGGGUUGAGAACUGUGAGAAGACUGAGGUUCAGGAAGCACAGAAUGCCCGCUUUCCAGGGGCAAGGAAGCCAGUUGACCGCAGGAGACGCUGCCGUCGGCUGGCUUGGGCUCAUGAGAAAGUCCACCUGCAGGGAAGAGACCCAGGCACCAACCCCACAAGUUGUAUGCAGUUUCCCAGAGCUGCUUCAGGGAAGAGGGCCAAUGAGCCUCUGGCUCUGCAGGCCCAGGUGUGUGGUGAGUCCUGCGGGCAGCAGCCAGGCCUUGAGCAGCACAAGGGCAGCAGUGGAACACAGGUAUUCAUCUGUGGCACAUGUGGGAAGGUGCUGAGCUGCCACAGCCGGCUGGCUGCCCACCAGAUGGUACAUUCAGGUGCCAGGUCCUUUGCCUGUCUCGAGUGUGGCCAGACCUUCCGCUGGGUCUCGAACCUCCUGCGCCACCAGAGGAACCACACAAGUGAGAAGACCUUCCGCUGUGAGCUGUGUGGACACGCCUUCAGGCUGAAGGCCCGCCUGGUGCAGCACCGCAAGGUACACACAGGGCACCGGCCCUACGAGUGUGAUGCUUGUGGCAAGGCCUUUAAACAGAAAUCUAACCUGCUACGCCACCAACUGGUACACACGGGUGAGAGGCCUUUCCACUGUGCCAUCUGCUGCAAGGACUUCCGCACUAAGGAGAACCUCAACCACCACCAGCGGAUCCACAGUGGUGAGAAGCCCUAUACUUGCUCUGAGUGUGGGAAAGCCUUCAGGUGGUCCAGGGGCUUCAGCAUCCAUCAGAGGCUGCACCUGACCAAGAGGGUCUACAAAUGUGAGCACUGUGGGAAGGGCUUCCGCCACCUGGGCUUCUUCACUCGGCACCAGAGGACCCAUGGGCGCGGCGAAGUGUAGAGUUGCCUGGGUCCAGCAAGGGUAUGUCCUGGCUAAAGUUGGACUGUGAGGACAGAUUGGGCCAACAGUCCCUCUCCAGCCUGGAAGAGGCCUUCUUGGUCCUUGAAGCAACUGUUCAGAGCUUCCUGAAUCCCCCAAUGUUAUUAGAAAAACUGCUGUCAAUGGAAGGAGAUCUGGAGCCACAGUGCUGUUUCCCAGGUGCCCAGGCCCAAGAUGGCCUGAGGCUAUGUGCAGCCCUGGAAGACUGGACACAAGAAGUUACUGAUAUUUUGCCCUCUCCAGCACCCAUGGCUGUCUGCCCAGGAACCAGACCCCACCACCCUGAGUGUCACUCUUGUUCAGUUUAACUUCCUUUCCUUAGUUUUUCUCACCUGUGCUUUCUCCCAUCUGUCAUCCUUCUGGCCUAAGCAAGGCCGCUUUGAAUUACACAGAAGCAAAGACCCUUCUGCACUCUUCACAGAGGGGACUUUGAAAUGAGCACCUUUGUAAUGUCACAACCCUGAAAGGAUUGUGGAAAGACCUGAACUCACAGGGUGUUGACAGUGUACUGCAUGUGUGGGAAAAGCAUCCUGUGUGUGCAGGACAGUAACAAGUUUCUUAAAGCUACAUCCUUAGAGGGCUGUUUUCUGAUUUCUCAAACUGAAACUGACUCUCAGGUGGUGUGUCUUUGGUAAAAUGGCAUUGCAUCUUCUAUUUAUUUUACUGGGGAAGGCUGUCCCCAGAGUUUGAUAGGGGGCCCCAUGGGGCAUCUGGACAGCCCCUUUGCUUUGGGCUCAGACUCUGACCCAGGACAGAGCUGUCAGAGUGCUGGGUAAAGCUUCGCUUCUGGGUAUGUGGCUAAGGACAAGAUACUAGCCCUGCAUUCUCAUGGGUCAAUGAACCAUCUAGGUGCUGCCAACCUGGGACUGUUCAGCUCAGCCCUGGGCCCCUCUGCUUUUAGGGACCUUCAGUUAAUAGGGCCCUUUUGGCCUAGCACUACCAACAUGUUGUAGGUUCUACUUGGCACUGGGUGUCUCUAGGAGGUGGUGGGGGACCUUAGUACUAUAUACAGUGGCUGUGUUUGACCCAGGGCAUUUUCUGGAGAAGAGGUGACCUCUUUGUUCUCAACUUAGAAUGUCAGUGCUGAUCCAAUCAGAAACACAAGUCUGUUACACAGAACUCUAGGGCAGCCAGAAUACUCUUGUAUUCUGGAGGUCAUCAGGGGCCGAAGCACUUCCUAUAUCUAAGGUUAUCUGAAUAGUUUAAGAAAGAUUUUGCUUUGGCUUUUUAAGCAUUCUAGUUAAAAAGGGCACAUGGAAUUACAAAUGAGUUUGUAGGAAAUAGGGUGAAGAAACUCAGCCUGUCAAGAUAUGCUGAGUCAGACUUCAUGAGAGAUGCUACCAAAUACCUUCCCCUGUAAACCAGAGGCAUAAAGUCAGGGUGGGGCUGGUGGUGACCCUGAUUUGAACAAACCAGCUAUAAGGCAUUUUUGAGACAGUCAUAGAAAUUUGAACAGGGCCUGAGGGUUAGGGAAUUUGUGAUGAUAUGGCUAUUACUAUAAAGAGUCCUUAUUCAGAGAAAUUCCGACUUAUUUAUAGGGCAAAUGACAUGGUGUCUUGAGAUUUGCCUUAAAAGGAAAAGGAAAUUGGGGAAACUUUGGAAGUUGUUGAAGAGGGAACUAUGUUUCCAUUUUCUGUAGUGUUUUUUUUUUUAAUUUUAAGUUCAUUAAUACAUACUGAAGAAGCUAUGAGGUUAGGUUUCUCAGCCUACACAGACUGCCAUGAGGAAACACUGCAUAGUGGGUGGCGUGAACAGCAGCUUACUUCCUCCAUUCUAGAGGCUGAAGACAGGUGGUGCUGCCAGCAUCUUCCCUUCUGGUGAGGGCUUUUCCUCCCUUACAAGAGCUGGGCUGGGGCUGGUGUCGCUUUCCCAUUGAGACCUGCCCAUGUAACUUCAUUUUUAAAAAAUUGAUUUUAUUACACACUUUAAAUAAGCAUAUUGAUCAUAUUCAUCAUAGGGAAUUUGUACUUGUGCAUUAUAUAUUGUGAUUCUUCUUUUUCCCUCACAUGUAACUUCAUCUAAACCAAAUCACCUCCCAAAGACCCCCCUCCUGGUAUCAUGCCAUUGGGUUUAGAGCGCCACCAUACAAGCUCUAGGGGGAUAUACUUCAUGCUACCCCAGGGACUGUGGACAGCUUUUCUUCUGCUUACAUCAUCCAAGCACAUGCAAAAAAACAGCUGUUGGGCAUGGGUCUUGUUUGUGUUUUGCGCAGUGGAGAAAGUCAGCUGGUUGAGUACAGGUGAAAAGGCCCAUUUUGGAAUGGAGCAUCUUGUACCUGUGGGCAGUGGGUGCCAAGGAUGUCGCAGCCUGAACUGAAGGUUUUUGUUUUUUGCAGUUUGGGGGAUCAAACCCAGGGGUGCUCUAUACAGAGUUAUA